AUGUCAUUGUGCCUGCGAUCUCCUCUGGUUGCUCGGUUGAGUGGAAGCUCGUGGGAAAAGCGGCCAACUGCAUUUCCGACAAUGCUCGCAAUACGCCCGAACCACACAACGAGUAGUUCGAUGAGAAAGUUUACUCAAAAAAGCUUGCAAGAUCCAAAGCUUUCUUUCGCGGGUCGCACCAUUCUUGUCACAGGUGCCAAUAGCGGAUUGGGAUUUGAAGCGGCCUCCAAGUUCACAGUGUUAGGGGCUUCCCGGGUUAUUCUGGGUGUUCGAAGCUUGGAGAAGGGCGCUGAAACCCAGAAUUUCAUUGAGAAGCGCACGGGAAAGCUGGGCAUUGUGGAACCGUGGCACUUGGAUAUGAAUGACUACGGAAGUGUCAGAAACUUCGCAACUCACGCCUCGACAGAACUUGACCAACUGGACAUCGUGGUCCUGAAUGCUGGCGUCUUCAGCGUCAAUUAUCGACCGUCUCUAUAUGGCUGGGAGGAGACCCUCCAAGUCAAUCUCCUUUCCACAGCAUAUCUGGCUCUUCUAAUUUUACCAAAGCUUCGGGCAUCCCCGCAUACAUCGCUCCUUGAAUUCGUCAGCUCCCGAAGACACGAGGUGUUGAAUAUCUCGGACGAGCAGAAAAUUGCACCAAAUCUGCUCGAGAAGUUCAACAGCCCGAGUAACUUUAAGUCUAGCCAGCAGUACCAGGUUUCAAAACGCUUUUUAAUAUGUUUCAUGCAGGCUCUAGCGUCCUUGGUGAAUCCGACCUACGAUGGAGUCACGAUCAUGGCAGUUUGUCCUGGAUAUUGCCAAUCUAACCUGAGUAGAGGACACACGGGGAUUUCUGCAGCUAUCCUGCGCGGACUCCUCAAUACAUUCGUGUUGAGGACCGCGGAGCAGGGAUCUAGGACCUUCGUCAGCGGGGCGGCUUUGGGACCAGAGGCACACGGAAAAUUCUGGUACGAUGAUGGAAUUCACGAAACCUCUGCAAACCCGGCUUCCGGUCCGGAUGAAGACCAAUUUAAAUGGCGCGUUUGGAAGGAGAUCGUUGAAGCGCUUGAGAAAGACCUCCCGGAAAUUACUAACAGUGUCAAGCUUCUCGAGGAAACGAAGGCGUGA